ACAACAGCAGCAGCAGCAGCAGCAGCAGCAGCAACAACAACAAUUACGAAUGGUUGGGCCGAAUCCCAUGAUGGGUCAACAACACCGUGGCAUGGGCGGUAUGAUGGGUAAUCCGCAAGCAAUGAAUCCUCCACAAACCGAGUUCCAACGACAGACCAUUUGGCGUGGAGUAUUGGAAUGGAACGCGACAAGCAAGCUAAGGAUGCCACCGAAACCCUCAAGUCAGUUCCGUGCGCUGUUACUUCGAAUGCGAAAGAUGGCGAACCGGAAGUGAAAGUUGACAAUUGGCCACCGAAAUUAGUCAUGCAGCUUUUGCCUAAAGCAUUGAUAAGUAACAUAGGCGGAGGUUAUUUGAAGAAUUCUACGUCCGUGGUAUUUCAUCCGUCUCCUUGUCCAGCUUUAGAUGCAUUGACCAAAGUGAUGAGUGGUAACUUUGCCGGAUGUAUACAGUUCAACAAUUCCAAUUCUCCAGAUGGCAAUUUAAAAGUGCUUAUUUUGCUGUAUGCGGCGGAUAAAAAAGUGUACCUCGGUUUCAUUGCAAAUGAUCAGACGGCGUUUGUUGAACGAUUUCGUAGCUUGAUACAGCAGCGUAAAAAUAAUCAAAUUAUGAGAAAAACGCCGGCUGGUUCUCAAGGCUCGAGUACGACCGGAUCGCAAACACCAGUUCCGGGUGAUAAUGUUCAAAGACUACUGCCCGGAUGUAUGACGCCUGUUGGCUUUAUGAGUAAUCUGAUGAAUGGACAACAAUCUCACAUGGGAGGACUCGUGGCGGGAGGUUCAGUUUCGCAAACAUCAAAGAACGGGCAAUCCAUCUUUCCAUUAUAUCAGAAUGUUAACCUAAUGAAUCAAAUGUAUGCUGAGGGGAAAGCUUAUAUGGAAAAGCUAUAUUUAAACCAUUUGAACGCACCUCAAGGUUCGAUCGGCCCGACGAUGGUUGCUGGCAAAAUUAAUAGUUGCAACGUAAUAAAUGGUCCAGUAGCGUUGCCCGGGAACACGAUGCCCAAUCGUUAUCCCUCUACCGGCCAUUCCAUGGAAACAACUGUAGAGGCAGCACUAACUAAAAACGUUGUGCAAUCCAUUCAGCGGGCGAAUGCAACACAAUUGGUUCAGGAUUAUCUGAAUCGUCCACAAGGUUCAACUGUUCCACCUGUCGACGCCAUGCUCACUUUGCUCAAUUCUCAUGGCAUUCUUGAUGCAAAACCGACUGGACAACCACAAGAUCCAAUAAUGGCCAUGCACCGCAACACCGUGCCCAGUUCUGGUAUUGUUGUUAACGGUGCACUAGCGGAAAUGCCAUCUCCACCGCAGGAAAACAUGUCCGGAAUUAGUCAGCUCGGACUAGCGUCGGCUGAGGUUAAGCAAGAAAAGAUGGAAUCCCAGCAAUCUGAGAUCGAAGACGACUUCGAAUUGAUAUGAAAUAGGACUAUUAUAUAGGAGAAAGAAUUUUCGAACUUUGUAAUUUCUCGCCUCAAGUAUACGUUCAUAAUAAAACAUAUACGUUAUACGACUUACGUUUUUUGUCACGUGUGUAAUUAAUUAUUUUUCAAUACAUUUUAAACCAAA